AUGGGCGUUGAAUCAGGGGCUGAGGAGGCUACUGAACAGGUUCAACCAGAAACAUGUCCUCCGCCUGCACCAAAUUCAUACUGGAAGCGCAUGGGGCUCUUCAAUACCACUCAUGCUGAUCCUAGGCCACUCUGGCUAAUCGCUAUUAGCCCUUUUGCCCUUAUCACAUAUCCCGCGGUUUUAUGGGGAGGUUUUGUGUACGGCGUUCAAAUAAUGUGGUUAUCCCUAGUAACCAUUACCCAGUCAGAACUUUUCAGCGCAGCACCUUACAAUUUUAGCAUCUCUAAUGUUGGAAACAUCAAUUUCGCUGCCUUCAUUGGAGGUGUCAUCGGCAUGUUUUGGGGUGGUUUCGUUUCUGACUGGUGCAUUCUAUAUUUCUCACGUCGAAACAAGGGGAUUCUGGAACCCGAAUUUCGUCUAUGGACUAUGAUGGUGCAUGCCUUCAUAAAUACAGAUGGACUUCUAAUGUAUGGGCUCGGAGCUCUGCAUGGGGUCAUCUGGGUUUUACCUGCUGGCUUUGGAAUGGUAUUCAUUGCAUUUGGCAUCGGAAGCGGCGCUGCUAUCGCCAUCACAUACGCAGUUGAUUGCUACCCUAAGAUUGCAUCAGAGUCAUUGGUCUUUAUGCUCUUCUUGCGGAAUUUGAUUGGAACCGGAUUUGUGUUUGCCGUUCAGUAA